CUUCUUUAUCUAUCAAUAUGACAAUCUUGUUUGUACGUGCAUUCUACAUGGAUAUAUGAAACGCCUCAGGUCCAGCCCCAGAGAAAUUUCGGUUUCAUUAGCCAUCAUAUAGAAAGCCGUUAGUGCCCCUAGAAAACACGUCAAGAUCGUUGCCAUGGAGUCUGAGCAUGAGUCGGUGUAUCUUGGAAUCUGGACGAAUUGGUCUCAUGGCUCUGUUGCCGGACUCACACUCACAACCACCCUGCAAAAUGGCGGCUUGCUUAUUGCUUUCCUCGCGCUUUUCGUGACCUUUACUGGAACAUGUUUCUGGGCAAUCGUUUCGUUUUCUAUCCACCAAAAGAUGAGUAGGAAGGCACCCCAGAGUGCAUUGUACCACCAACAACAAGCGAUACUUCGAAACUCAGACACAAGCACAGCAGCGCUAUGGAGGCUGUCAAGGAUGUCUUGGACCUGGCGCGGAGUUGUGCCAUUGGCCAUGCUCAAAUCUGUCUCGCUGCCACUAGUCAUGAGCUUAGCAACUUUCUGCGCCUUCACUACCGCUGGAGUGUUUUCUUCGCGAGUUGCUACAUCGAGAGGCAGUGAGGUUCUUGUCGUAGGCGAUAAAUGCGCUACGCUAAACGGGUCGCUUUUCACAACACAAAACAUCCGCUCGUCACAAUCAUAUCUUGCUAGUCGAAUCAGAUCGAGCGCCAACUAUGAAGCAAGUUGCUAUGGGAAGUCCAGGUCGGCAGAGAACUGUCGCACUUUUGUCCGGGAUACCCUUCCGAUAACGAUCACAAAGGGCAAUACCUGUCCUUUCCCAGGAAAUGAUAGGAUAUGUCGUUCGCCGGCAUCUGCCCUCCGUCUGGAUUCCGGAUUCUUGGAUAGUCACCGCGACCUAGGUAUCAAUUCGCAGCCAUCCUCAAGAUUUCUCUAUCGAACUGUGAACGAAUGUGCUCCGAUAAAAGACGAAGGUUAUAUGAAGUGGAACACAUCAGCGAGACCACGGAAUGUCCAGUUUCUGUACGGAAACGAUCCGGUGAUAUGUGGAGAGGACCAAUCCGGGUGUACUAGGCAGUUCGAUGUUGUGCGUUUUGGGGAGGGAGGACCAAGAACAGCUCGCAGUGAGUACGGUAUCUCUUUAACCACACGUUAUGACGUACGCGUUGAAGACAACCUUCAAUCCCAUGACUCAUGGCAACCUAUCCCUGAACUUUCAGUCUCUGAUGCUGAUGUAAGCGUCUUCUUCCUUGAGACGAACGAUAUCGUUUACUCGACGCCUGUCGUCGAUCCGUGGUUUGCCGCCGAAGAGGGUCCCUUCAGCCGUUCCACGAGUUACGGGAAUAUCACCUACUACCAAAGUAAUCUGCCGGUGAAAGCGCUAGCGUGCGUACAGCAGUACCAAUUUUGUAACCCUUCUUUAAACCACAAUGAAAGCUGCACGCCAUUGAUGGGUAUAUUCGAAGCAGCAAGAUCAGCUCCUGCAACAGUGUUCUCACAAUCCAAAGACAUCGAUCGAUUUCUCUGGUCUCUAAGUGCCAUCCAAAACAUGGCUGGAGGUUUCACUGAAAUCAGCAUGGUCUUAAGAGGCGGAUCUCUCCUAGCAAGUGACUACGUGUCUCAAUUCGGACAAGAUGGCCUACCUGAUAAUCAGUGGGAACUUGAACUUGAACAUUGGUUCAAGUUCACCAUGGCCGAUCUACAACGGGCGAUAGUUGAUCAAGCGACUGGUCCAGUCGUACCAGAGGCUCAAUCAUUCCACUCACCGCCUACGUCUCCCGAAGCGCGAGCAAUCUGUAGCAACCAGAAGAUUCGGAGCGAUUCCUAUACUUCCUUCAAUGUGCUCGGCCUUAUCUUGAUAUUCUCCCUUGGUAGCCUUAUAAUGCUCAUCUCGGCUUGCCUACCAACCGUUACUGCGCGUGUGCAAAGGUACAAAAGCCCGUUUGCCAGUAUCGAAUGGGUUACAAGCGAUACGUUGCAGCUCCAGCGGCUUGCACAUGAGGCCAUUGGCGCUGGGCAGUGGGAGGGCGCAUGCGACGACUAUCCGCGAACACGAAAAGGCGAUCUUCUGGCUGUAAUCGACAUCUCUGGCCGGCAGCAUCCAAUACUCCGAGCUCCUGGAGAGACCAGAGUUCCAAAAGAGGUGAAGCACGCAGAUUGUCAAGGAGAUGAGAAGAGGGUGUCAGAAGAGCAAAGGAACGACUCGGCCCAGGAGUCCCUAUUAAGUGUAGAGCUCCCACGCAUUUCCUUGGAGCUAUCGCAUCAUUUCGCAGGAAUGAGAGAAAAGUCUCAACAAAUUCAUGGACGAUAUACUUAGCCUACCCAUGUUGAUGAUG